CGGGGAGAGGCACGGCAGGAAGUCGCUUCUGGUUCCUGGGUUAAGGCGCCCGGGCAGGAGCGAGCGCCCUUGCCGGGAGCGGCCGCGGGCUCCGUGAGGCGCUCGCCUGUUAACUUGACCAUCUUUCCAGUGAUGAAACAACAUUGGGAAUUAUGGACAAAAACAUUGGCGAGCAGCUUAACAAAGCUUACGAAGCCUAUCGACAAGCAUGCAUGGAUAGGGACCAUGCUGUGAAAGAACUACAGCAAAAAACAGAAAACUACACGCAGCAAAUACGUGAACAGCAGGAAAAGAUAGAGCUUCAAAACAGCAUUAUUGCAAAACUGAAAUCACAGUUGGCUGCUCUUAAUGCUAAUAGAGGCAAUGCACAUCCUUACAUUCUGAUGCAUGAAGACAUUGAAACAUCCAACUUACCUUUCAGGCAGCUCUCUGAAAAACUGAACAUAGCAAAGCAAAGAGAAAAACUCCUAAAGGAACAGUUAGACAGUGAGAGCAUGAAAUUGAAGCAACUUGAGGACAAAAGCAAUCAAAAGGAAAGGAAGCUUUUAUCUAUUAUUUCCAAUCAAGAUGAUAAAAUAAGAAAUCUGGAAAGCAAAUUGCAAGAAUUAAAUGAAGCACAAAAGGGUAUACAGAUGCCAACGUAUAAAAGGGAGGUGAAAAGUAAGAAAGUUGUUCCAGAUAAGCCUGAAUUAUCUCUAGGGAUCUCUGGUAUUUCACCUGAAAGCUUCCUUACUUUACUGUUUUCUUGGAAGAGAGAGAAUCUGGAGACUAUUUUCCAGGACAUGAAAGAAGAGUGUCAUCGAAUAUGUAUGCUAGCCAGAGAACAAACAGACCAACUGAGUAUAUUUAAGAUAAAGCCAGAACCUGAAACUGAAAUACAGUUUUCCAUGCCGAUACAGUGCACAGAUAAAACUGAUGAACAAGCAGAAGAGCUUUUUAAGCCUCGGGUUAUAAAGGAUAUAAAUAGAGGUGCAUCAUGCAUCACAUCUAUCACACCAAGAGGAGUGGGCCAAGAUGAGGACAACAACUCUGUAGAAUCACUUUCUAAAUUUAAUGUCAAGUUUCCACCUACAGACAAUGACUCUGCUUUCUUGCAGAGCACUCAGGAAAAACCAACAGUUCCUUGUACCGGUAUAUCUGAAAACAUGCUUCAAGAUCAUCAUUUUAACCUGGAGCACAGAGACCGUGCUGUUAACCUCAGUAAAUUGGAACCUAACUCAUUUGAAGCUCAUGGCAUUGAUCUCAUGACCUCAGCUUUACAAAGUUUAACUGCUGUUGACAAAACAAACCCCUCAGAUCAUGCAAAGAUGCCCAUAGAAAAUAUCUGUGACAAGCCAUGUUUAAAAACAACAGACAGUGGUUUCACAUUUGUCCCUAAGCACACAAACCAGGGUGUACCUGAAGUAAUUUUUCCUUUAGAAGCUGCUGGAACAACCGUCAGAGGUCCUCAUCAGCCCAUUUGGCAGCCUCAAGACAAUGAUUUGCUGGCACAAGCAUAUGCAGACUCUGAACUGAAUCAGUGUGGAAUAUGUGAAUUCUGUCGAGAAGUUUUCCCACCAUCUCUAACAUCUAAGGAAGAUUUUCUUCGGCAUCUCAAUUCCCACUUUAAAGUACAGUCUUAAUGUAUGAGAAUUCAAUGGUUCACUGUUUUUGCAUACAUUUAAACAUUUUUUUAUUCAAUAGAUAUGAGUUUAAGAAUUAAGACUUCUUGUAACAAGAACUCAUGACUGAAAUUGUUUGUCAGAUAAGCACAAUUUUAGUUGUCUUUUGGGAAGGCAAAAUGAAACUAAGUCACUCAGUACUCUGAUUCACAUUAUUGCUUGUUAUGCUUCACUAUUAACUUUGAGAGUGAUGUCAAACACGUUUUUUGCCCAACUAAUCUUUGCCAGAAUAGGCCUGAAGUUGUGACUAUAUUUAUUAAUGUAGAGUUGCAGGAUUAAUGCCUUAAUAUGGCUGGCAAAAAUUGGUGUAAUGCUAGGGUUCUCUUUUACAAUUUCCAGUGAUGUUCUUAUGUUCUCCCUGAAGUAAACAGGAAGAGAAAUAGACCCCCAUUUUUCAUUUAUAUUACAUAAUUUCCAAAUAGUGAACCUCUUAAUUCAGAUUCUUGUAAAAUUAUCAUAAUAGCUGAAUCCAGGUGUGCCAGAAUUAGGAUAGGUUUGUACAUUAGUAACAUAAAUGAGUGGUUGACUUUCCCAGAUGAAUUUUUUACUAAAGCAAGUAAUCAAAAGUAACAUAUAAAUGACCGUUUUGGCAAAAUGGAACAGUAAUGAUUUUUUUAAUAUCUGUUUCAUGUUAUAAAAAAUUAUUGUUCAUGUACCUUUAUAGCAUUAAUAAUUACUAAAAAUGCUUUCAGGGAACAGGUUAUAUUAAUAUGAAGGAUAGAAAAGGUUAAACUUUCCUCAAAACUAGUAAUACCAAAGAUUAUUUGCCAUCCCUUCUGGUCUGCUAUGAUAGAUUACCCAAGUCUGAUACAGACUAGAAAGGAAAGGGGAAAACCUAGUCAUCUAAGUCUCAGUGAAUUUAUUUUUAACCUGAAUAUAGAGGCUUUCUCAAUGCAAUUAAAAUUUGUGUUUAGUUGAAACAUUGAAGUCUGAUAAAGCUUGCACAUUUUCUGGAUUUACUGAUGUCAAAUUUAAAAAUAGGGGUGCUGCCAAGUAUUUUAAAUUAAUGAUAAAGGGUGGUGCUUGCUUUUUGCAUUUGAACUGAAUAUAGAGUUUAGCCUUUAUAUUGAUAAUUAGCAUUAAUAUUUUCAUAGCAGCAAAGCACAACACUUUUUCUUUUUAAAGAUUUGUUUGCAGGUGAUAAAUUUCUGGAAGAAUUAACACCUACGUAAUUUUUAGAAAUGGAUUUUUCUGCAAUUAUUUUCUCUAUUUUAAACAUGUCAUGUUUGUGACGGGCUGUCAGCAGAGUGUACUGUAAUAAACAGCACUGUAGAGUGCACGUCUGCUAC